UUUAUUUAACAUUCGUGGUCUUGGUUUAACAUGUUCGUGGUGAUGACUCAACAUUGUUUGCCACUUUGUUGUUGUUGUUGUGAUGUCCUGCGAGUGUGAAUCGUUUCCUUGAUAUUAGUUUAUUAUUAGACCAAAAUGAAUCGUGGGAAAAUAUUGUUUGGUAAGAUUGGGCUGAACCUGGCUAGCACGACCACCACAGCAGUGCCGUCCCCACCACCGGCCAGGGAGGAUGAUGAGGGAAGCACCGCUACUGACACCACCACUGACACCACCGCUGACACCACUGUUGUCACUGGGUUUGGAGUAUUUGGGAAGAUGCAGCCAGAAAAGAACAAAGAAGAUGAUGAGAUGGCAACCACAAUGGGAUUCUCUGGUUUUGGUAAGAAGGCGAGGGACUUUGAUAUUGACAAGCUUGUGGUGGAGACGCGUGAAACUGCCAUCGACAAGAACAGAGAAAACAUUGAAAAAUUGAAACUUCAGUCACAGAUGGAGGCAGAGAAAUGUGAUAAGUUGGGGGAAUUAUUACCUCAAACGUCGUCCUCUCGGUCCACGACACACAGCGACGACGACGACUUCAUAGGGCCGCCGCUUCCUCCAAGUUUACCUGAAGUGAGCGAAGAAGAAAGCGACGAGGAAGACGAGUACACGAUACCCGUCCGUCACGAACUGAUCUUGGAGCACGGCACGAAGACGGUCACGGGGUUGGCCGUCGACCCGUCCGGGACGAGGCUGGUCAGCGGAGGUCUGGACUACGAUGUGAGGUACUGGGACUUCCAGGGGAUGGACCAGACACGAGAGGCUUUUAGGUCCUUUUGUCCCGCUGACGGCUAUCCCAUCAACAGCGUGGAGUACAGCUGCACGGGAGACAAGGUGUUGGUGGUGCCGGGCUCCCAGCAGGCCAAGGUCUACGACAGGGACGGCAUAGAAUUGUUUGAGUGCGUCGGCGGUGACAUGUACUUGCACGACAUGGCAAAAACAAAAGGGCACAUUGCUGGGUUAACCUGUGGAGUUUGGCAUCCCAAGGAUAAGGAAGAAUUCAUGACCUCCGGGAGAGACGGAACGUGUCGUCUGUGGCACACUAGUCGACCUCAUUGUCAGAAGAACGUCAUCAAGGCUCGGGCGUCCAAUGGUCUGAAGACCGUCCCCACCACUAGUGCCUUCAGUAAGGACGGGCUGUUGGUGGCCUGUGCCUGCGAUGACGGCUCCAUACAGAUGUGGGAUCACCGCAAGAAUUUUGUUAACGUGACCAUAAAUAUAAAGAACGCCCACGCCAGAGGAACUGAUACAUCGGGAUUGACUUUUGCUUACGACAACAAAGGUUUUGCCACGAGAGGGGGAGAUGACACUCUAAAAUUGUGGGACAUCCGCAACACCAAACAGGCCGUCCACACCGCUAAAGAUCUGUUUAAUAGAUUUGGUAUGACUGACUGUGUGUUCAGUCCUAAUGACCAAAUUGUUGUAACUGGAACUUCUUUAAACAGAGGAGAAACGUCCGGUAAGUUAAUGAUGUAUAACCGAAACACUUGGGAAGUAGUCCGAGAGCUUCACGUUGGACCGAGUCACGUCGUGAAAAUAAUCUGGCAUCCUAGACUGAACCAGAUCAUGCUCGGCUGUGGUGACGGCAAAGUGCGACUCCUUUACGAACCGAAGGUCUCACACAACGGAGCCAUUCUGGUGGCCGGGAAACACAAGAAGCGCAGUAAACAAGCCGAGGUCGUGGUGUCCCAGCAAGUCAUCACGCCUCACGCUCUACCCAUGUUCCGGGAAGAGAGACAUAAGUCCACCCGUAAGUUGGAAGAACGCGACAGAAAGGAUCCGGUGAAGUCGCGUCAGCCAGACCUGCCAGUCGGCAAGGCGGGCUCGGGGGGUCGCGUCUCAGCCGGGGGAUCAACGCUGUCCUCGUACAUCAUCAGGAACAUGGGUCUGCGUAACAAGGUGCACGAGGAGGGAGACCCGAGGGAAGCUCUACUCAAGUACGCCAAAGAUGCAGAAGAAAACCCUUACUGGGUCACCCCUGCGUACACCAAGAAUCAGCCCAAACCUGUGUUUCAGGAGAAGGAAAUACCAGAGGAAGAAGAAGAAACUGAUGAACCAGACACAAAAAAACCUAAAACAGAGUAAAACAUUGGAGUUUCUUUUUUGUUUUAUGCCAUUAAAUGUACAAACUUAUGAAAAAUGUGUAUUUAUAAUGACUGUAUUGCAGUGCUUUUAAUAAAGUGUGAGAGUGGAGGAUA